AGCUACAUAUGAGACACCUGUCAAGGGAAGUGAGAGAUAAAAGGGAAUCCUAUUUCCAAAUGAUGAAAUGUGAUAUCUGUCCAAACAGGGUUCUUAAUGAUCAUGUGAAGACUCUUUAGGAACAUUGUCCUCUGGCUCGAGUGAGAGAUUGUGGCGUGAUAGUGAUCCUGGGAAUAGGAAGAUUGCAAUUAGAAUGCGAGGUAACGCGUCGGUUACGAGCACCACCGUUUGCAUUACAGACGGAGAGCAUCAUUCGUGAUGAGUAUCAUGCUUUGCAACGCAGAGUCACGUACCAGUAUCAGGACUUGUUUGGAGAACACAAAGAGUAUAUAUACUUUGAGAAUGGUGUAAACCUGCCAGGCCGUGGCAAUGCAGUGUGGGAAGGCGUGAUCAUCGAGGAUGCUGAUGACUUGUUUCCUGAUAAAAAGCAAAGGAGAUAGUUGCACGAAGGAGAGAAGAAGAAUGGGGAUGUAAUCUACAAGCACAGCUUCUUGUAAAUUCACUUUCCUUUUCCUCUUGGACAAAGACAAAUGAAUUCAUGUGAGAGAACAUUUUCAUCUUCACACCAACAUGCCAUCGAUAUUAUGUAGGGGUUGUCAUGGCAACAUUCUUCAGCGAAGUGAAAUCUAAGAGAAAAUUUGCUUGACUAAUUGAAGAUGAUAUUUAGGAGACAGCAAAAGAAUCAAAAGAUGGAAUUAGACAGCUGAAUUGACAGCAGAGACUGAUAAACUGAUGUUUGAUUUGAGACUGAUGAAAAUAGGAUUUAUCCAAUUUUAUAUGAUAAAACUUCAGAAUGAGAUAAAGCAUUUUUAUUGAGGUUAUUAGCAAGUUGUGACCUAGUGCUACAUGAUGGAAUCAUGAGAUGACAGCAUCCUCAUCCUUUGCAAUGACUUAAUAGCACACUUAGCAUUGCUGUCGUCACACGUCCUAAUAGCGUGCCAAGUUUUAUCAACUGGCUAGCACACAUACACCACUCAGUCAGUCAGAUAGCGAGCGUGAAUCAAAGUGGGCAGUGUGCAACUCACAGAGACACAAGCGUCGCACGGAUGCUAUUCUCCUUCAUGUGCGUUCAAAGGCAGGCGUCUUGAAGGAAGCAUCGGUUGCCAUCGACGACGACGUUCAUCAUCUUCCCGCGAACCCUGGGGGUGAUAUGGAUGACAUGUGAUAGCUGCGAGCCAGGCCACAUGAAGCUCUUUGAACUUGACUUCAGCAUCAUGCGUGAACCUUGUGCUUGUCAGCUAGCCUUUCAUUCCCUCAGUUGAUUACUACUGGUUGGAUAUAAAGACAUUUUAUCACUGGCCUCUGGGUGAUAAGAUUCCAACUUCAGACAAUCUUCGCCUUGCUGAGAAAAUGACACCAACGUCAAGAAUGUCUACCGUUCCCAUGGAAACCACAUUAUCUGCUGAAUCAGUUGUUGUAUAUACUCCCGUGAUGGAUAAGACGACAGGUGGUGGAUCCGCUAAUGACGGGAACCCCAACGUUCAGUCAGACCCGACUGCUAUCUCGGUAGCAGCAUCAGCAGCCAGUUUAAUUCUGGUCCUUGUAGCCAUCGUCAUCUGGUACUUUCUUGUUAGAAAACAAUUGCUUUCAAAAUCCAAAAGUCACCAGCGACUUGGGAGCCACAAAAGCCACCGUAGCAACCAGGGAAGCCGACAAAGCAGUUUCCACGAUGGUCACCAUGACAAUGUAUCGUCACAUAAAAACCAUCAUGGAAGCAAGCAUUCACCCAAAUCCCACAGAUCCACCAGCUCCCCCAAAUCACAUCACCGUCAUUCGGGUUGCCAUGACAGCAAGGAGGUCUGCACUUGCCGCAAGUCGUACGACUCUCCCCUGGCUGGGCAGCGAUCGCCCAAGGGCAACUCCAUCUCGGAGUGUACGGGCAAUUCUCCGUUCUGUCCUCAUUCCAUGCGGUUCCAGCACCCAAAUCACCGGAAGGGUAGAGACUCUGUGCAUUCGGAGCUCAGCGAUGGAGGCUGCUCUCCUGUGGAAGCUAUCUGCACAUGUGACCUUCCUCAGGGUCACACAAAGGUCAUAACGGGGGCGGACUUUACAGUGGUGGAGCUAGAGGCUCAUAACAAGAGACACAUGAACUCUGGAGAGCCUUUGCACAAUGGUCAUCUCCCCUGUACGGAGAUGAAAGACAUACCUUCAACAAGUGCAUCUACCCAUCAACCCCCAUCAUCUGCACCCCAAUGCACCUGUCCUCACCCCCUGCCCCCGGCAGUAGCGCCCACACCAGAUAGCCCUCACGUGGGGGCUAGUCAUCGGAAGGUUGCCCAUGUUAGGAGUGACCCGGGGGUCAUUGGCCAAAGGGGUGAUGGUGAGAUGGUAUGAUCACAGUAUUGCAAACUAAAUUGCAAGAAAUAAUAAUUGAUUGAUUUAUAGAUGUACUUCGAUCAGUGUAAGUAAAUGAUCAAUAUUUUUACUGUUGAAGCAUUCCAAUGGAUGUAUCUUUCUACAUACAUGAACAUUAUAAUGUAAAAAUAAUAAAUAUGAUUUUUUAUUAAAAAAAGGAUUAUUUUACUAAUGCCUUUUUGCACAGAAGGAAUAUUUGGAUGUAAAAACUUAAAAGUCAUAAAAUAGCCUUAAAAACAGACAUACUGCAGCUUUUCGACACAUGCACUCAUCAGAUCUGACUAUAACGCUAGAGCGAAACAAUUUAGGCUUGGUACUAGCCAUGAAUUGAAGUAAAGUAACUAAAAUAAUGCAAUGGUUCUUUGGGGGUGCAGAAUCGGGUCUGUUAGCUGGAUAUACGCUACCUCAAGCAUGCGCAAGUGAGUAAAACUCCUUGCAUGGCUGAGCACUUUAAACCAAGAAGAACAGUAUUGUUCAGUGUUGCCCAGUUAUUGGUUAGCAAUGGCCGAAUUACUACCACCAUCCGUCGCUAGUAAUGCUAGUACUGCAAUGGAUGGUGGUAUGUCCGUUUUAAGGCUAUUUUACAAUUUUUUUGUACCAAACACUUAUUAUAAACUUAAAAAGUAUUAUUUAAUUAUUUUAAUCUUAAUACCUUUAUAUUGAUCGUUUGAAUAAAGAUCUAUAUUUUUUUCAAAAUAGUCACAAAUUGCUUUGCAAUAGAAGAAAAGGAAUAUUUUUUUCUUUUAGUAAACCCAGAUUUUCCAUUAUGUAUUCACUCAGCUAAUUCAUACUUAUGUAUAUUUAUACUUAUGUAAUGAGUAGAAUGAACGACAAAGGUAUUAUAUUUUCAUUCGAUACCGCUUUCUCUGGGAAUACUUAUAUAUUCAUUUUUUUUUCAAAUUUCUUUAUAAUCUUUAUAUUUCAAAUAAGUGCAAUAUAAUAAGUAGCGAAAUUGAGAGCAAUUUCGAUUGUGCAGUAUUUUAUAUAUACAUUUAUCUGGCUCUAUUUCUUAAAAUGUGAAGAGGAUGGAAUGUAAUAUUUCAAUUUCAUACUCUGUUCAGUUGUCUUCAAAAUCUACAAUAUCUAACCUGUUUCUCAGAUAUGCAUGUAAAAAGUUUGCAUAAAGGGAUAAAAAAAUCCUUCUUGUUCCUUCUUCUUUAUCUUCUUCUCCUUCUUUCUUCUUCUUCUUCUACUUCUUUGUCU